AUGUCAUCAACAAAACCAAAAGUAUAUAACUUUGGAGCGGGACCCGCAGCUAUACCAUUAAAUGUGUUGGAGAAAGCACAAAAAGACCUUUUAAAUUACGAAAACACUGGAAUGUCAGUGAUGGAAAUCUCUCAUCGUAGUAAAACGUUUGAUAAUCUCUUAAAUAAAGCUAAACAAGAUUUAAAAACUUUACUACAAGUACCUGAUAAUUAUAAAAUUCUAUUUAUGCAAGGAGGAGGACUUACACAAUUUUCUGCGAUAGUUUAUAAUUUAUUGGCCGCUAAAAGGCAACAAGUUCCUGGAGAAGAAUUUAACCCACCAUUGGAUUAUUUUGUUACGGGAAGUUGGUCGGCUAAAGCGGCAGACGAAGCAAAAAGAUUAUAUAAUAAUGUUAAUAUUGUAAUUGAUGUUAAGAAAUCAAAAGGAAGUUUCGAGUCAAUUCCACCUAAAGAAGAAUGGAAAUUAAGUGGUUCGAAAGCUGCUUUUGUAUAUUAUUGUGAUAAUGAAACUAUUAAUGGAGUUGAAUUUCCAUUUAUUCCUGAAGUUGAUCCGAGCGUUCCUUUAGUGUGUGAUAUGUCAUCAAAUAUUCUUAGUAGAAAAUUUGAUGUCAGUAAAUUUGGAUUGAUUUAUGCGGGAGCACAAAAGAAUAUCGGAACACCUGGAGUAACUGUCGUUAUAGUGAGAGAUGAUUUAUUGACCAAGCCAAAAUCUGUUAAUGAUCAAGAUAAGGGCGUUCCUGUUGUGCCUGUAAUGCUUAGUUAUAAAAUAAUUGCUGAUCACAAUUCAGUGUAUAAUACCCCUCCAAUGUUUCCCAUUUAUAUUUCUGGAUUAGUAUUUGAAUGGUUGUUAGAUCAAGGGGGGGUGGAAGCUAUUGAGAAAAUUAAUAAUGAGAAAUCUACAAAGAUAUAUGAUUUGAUUGAUAAAUCAAAGAUUUAUCGAUCUCCUAUCGAAAAACCAUAUAGAUCGAGGAUGAAUGCUCCUUUCAGAAUUGUCCCGGAAGAAUUGGAAAAAGAAUUUUUGACUGGAGCCGAAGAAUUAGGAAUGGUUCAAUUAAAAGGUCAUCGCAGUGUCGGUGGAAUUAGAAUUAGUAUGUAUAAUGCUAUCACUUUGGAUGCUAUUGAUUUAUUAAUCAAUUAUAUGAUUGAAUUUGAAAAAAAACAUAAUUAA